AUGGAGAAAUUUCACAACCUUUUCCCACUUGGACUACUUGUGUUGCUAUGCUUUCUUUCAGCUUCCUUCGCCACGUUCCCGACUAAUAUUACCGCUGAUCAGUCAUCUCUUCUUGUCUUGAGAGCUCACAUUUCUGUUGACCCUCCACAAAUCUUGGCCAAAAACUGGUCUGUUGGCUCUUCGGUCUGCGAUUGGAUUGGAGUGACCUGUGGCUCUCGUCAUCGUAGAGUGACCGGCUUAAAUAUUUCAAACAUGGGUCUUUCCGGCACCUUACCUCCACAACUGGGAAAUCUAUCAUUUCUUGUUUCUCUUGACAUGAGUGCGAACAAUUUCCAUGGAGAGAUGCCGCAUGAGUUUGCUGGAUUGCACAGAUUAAAACUAUUUAAUUUGAGCUUCAACAAUCUCGAAGGAGAGUUCCCCCACUGGAUUGGUUCAUUUCCUCAACUUCGUCGCUUGUCUCUUAGAAAUAAUAGUUUCACUGGUCUUAUCCCAUCUUCCAUCUCUAACUUGUCAAAGCUAGAGAGCAUAAGUCUUUCUAACAACCAUCUACAAGGAAACAUUCCUAUAGGGAUUUUCAAUAUUUCCUCGCUGCAAGGGAUUGGCCUUACAAAUAAUAGCCUAUCUGGAGUUCUUCCAAGUGACAUGUGUUACCAUCUUCCUGGACUGAUUAGACUUUCCCUAUCAUUUAACAAGUUAAAUGGUCAAUUACCAUCAAGUAAUUUAGCUCAAUGUUCAGAACUUCGGUUGCUGUCUUUGUCUCUCAACGAAUUUGGAGGUUCCAUACCAAAAGAAAUUGGAGCACUGAAGAAGCUUGAGGAGCUAUACUUGGCUUACAACUAUUUAGAAGGUGUAAUACCACGAGAGAUUGGUAAGUGGCACUUUCUCCAACAACUCGAAAUGGAAUUCAAUAGCUUAACUGGUUCCAUACCAAUAGAGAUCUUCAACCUCUCAAAGUUGAGUGUUAUGUCACUUUUACAAAAUCAACUAUCAGGCAAUCUUCCAUCAACAUUCGGUUAUGGGCUUCCCAAUUUAGAAUACCUUUAUCUCGGCAGUAAUCACUUUUCUGGAGCAUUACCUAGUUCAAUCUCAAAUUCUUCUAAUCUCCGUCUCAUAGAAUUUGGUGAUAACAAGUUCACAGGUCCAAUUCCUACUUCCCUGGGGGACCUAAGUCACCUAGAAGUGCUGAUUCUAUAUGGCAACAAAUUAACGGGUGACUCCACAUCUCCAGAGUUGAGCUUCUUCACUUCAUUGACAAAAUGCCAAAAUUUGUCAGUAUCGGAGUUGAGUGACAAUCCAUUGAAUGGGAUAAUUCCAAACUCGAUUAGUAAUCUUUCAACUUCCCUUAAAAGAUUAAAUGCAGCAGGUUGCAAAAUCAAGGGCAGCAUUCCAGAUGGAAUUGGAAACUUGACAAGUUUGAUCCUAUUAGAUCUAUCCAACAAUGAGCUAAGUGGGUCGUUGCCAGCUAGGACAACUGAUUUGCAAAAGCUUCAAUACAUGGAUCUCAGUAUGAACAAACUAAUUAGCAGAGUGCCCCUGCAUUUGCUCUGUGCUCUCCACAACUUGGAUACAAUGAACCUUGGACAAAAUCAAUUUAUGGCCUCAAUUCCAAAGUGCUUCGGAAAUCUUACUUCCCUGAGGCAUCUUGACCUAAGUUACAACAGACUAUAUUCUGCUCCACCUGAGGAAAUAUGGAACCUAAAAGAUCUCUUGGAGCUUGACCUCUCCUCAAAUCUGCUGAGUGGAUCUUUGCCGUAUGCUAUUACGAAUAUGAAGAUGGCAAAUUGGGUAGAUUUGUCAACCAAUCAGUUCUCAGGUGGCAUUCCUGACUCAAUUGGAGAUAUGCAGAACCUGCAAAAUCUUUCUCUAGCACACAACAGAUUGCAAGGAUCAAUCCCAGAAUCGAUUGGUAUGGUGUUCAACUUGGAGUCAUUGGAUCUAUCACAUAACUUUCUCUCUGGCUCAAUUCCAAUGUCAAUGGAGCACCUUCGGUAUCUUAAAUAUGUCAAUCUCUCUUUUAACAAUUUAAGUGGUGAAAUUCCAUCCCUAAACUGCUGCACUGCCGAGUCCUUCGCUUCAAAUCAAGCCCUCUGUGGAGCUCAAAGGUUUCUUGUGCCUCCAUGCCCAACUAUUUCAGCACACAGAUCAAGAACAAAAAGAUUGCGUCGAACGAUUUAUAUUCUACUGGGGGUGAUAAUAGCAGUGGGAGCCUUGUCUUUUGGAUUUGUUUACCUGAGAUAUCGAAAGAAAGAUGAAUUUUCCAGCGGAGCAGAUUUAUCCUUAGUUGCAAUGCCAGAAAGAAUUUCAUUUUUUGAACUUCUACAAGCAACUAACGGGUACAAUGAAAGCAAUUUGUUGGGGGUUGGAAGCUUUGGAUCUGUUUAUAGAGGUACUCUUGAUGAUGGAAGGGUUGUGGCUGUUAAAGUGUUCAAUUUAGAAGUCGAUGGAGCGUUCAAGAGUUUUGAUGUAGAAUGUGAAGUGUUGCGCAAUCUUCGCCAUCGAAACCUAACAAAAGUCAUCAGUAGCUGCUCUACCUCUGAGUUUAAGGCAUUAGUGCUUGAGUUGAUGCCAAAAGGAAGUCUCGAGAAGUGGAUGUAUUCACACAACUAUUUUUUGGAUCUGAUGCAGAGAUUGGACAUAUUGAUUGAUGUGGCAGGUGCAUUGCAUUAUCUCCACUGUGAGUAUUCAAUUCCAGUAAUUCACUGUGAUCUAAAGCCAAGUAAUGUGCUGCUGGAUCAGAACAUGGUUGCCCAUCUAAGUGAUUUUGGCCUUACAAAAUUGUUGGGCGAGGAGAACAGCAUCACAUUCACCGAAACACUAGCCACAAUUGGCUAUCUCGCACCAGAGUAUGGGUUGGAAGGAUUUGUAUCAGCAAAAUGCGACAUCUACAGUUUUGGAAUUAUGAUGAUGGAAGUCUUCACGAGAACAAAUCCCAACAGUGAAAUGUUUGGUGAAAAAUUGAGCCUGAAGAGCUGGGUUGCUAAUUCAAUGCCUGAUGGAUUAGCUAAUGUCAUCGAUGCUAAUUUGCUAAAGGAAAGUGAUGAAUGCAUUGGUGAAAAGCUAAGCUGCAUAGCCUCAAUCAUGAAAGUGGCUCUAGGCUGCACGAUAGAGUCCCCGAGAGAGAGAAGCAGCAUACAAGAUGUUCUUGUUGCGCUGAAAAAGAUCAAGCUUCAGCACAUGAGUUCCCAGAGUUCCAGGACGUCCUAGAGCUGCAUACAUGUUCUCUAAGCAA